UCCAGAUCACCUAUAAAAGGCUGUCCCUCUCUAGGUUUUAAGUUCCCUCUGUUAAUCCAUCCGUCUCUCUGUCCACUUUCUGGAUUUUCUGCGUACGGCUACCGGCGGAGUCUUUAUAAUCGGUUUCUCGAAGCGUUUACGAAGGUCAAAUCGGAAGGUUUGGAGUUUUUGAAAGUAAAUUAAUGGAGAAUACAGAAAAUAUUUGCUUGGAUUUAAUCCCAGCCAAGGCAAAUACCAUCCCACUGCCACCUCCAUUGCCCAAAUCUGCAAUCAGUAGUCAUCUGCAGAAGGGUUGGGUCUCAAGUGAAUCCUUAGAAAGAGGAUACAGCUGCGUCUCCACUGCAACAAGAGACCUCUGGGACGGUCUCUUUGACGAAGCUUAUGGAGCAGAUGUUUCUAUUCAUACGGAUCAUGGUGGCAUUGUGUAUGCACAUGCCAAUAUCCUCGGCAUGGCUUCUCCUGUGAUAAAAGGCAUAUUAAAUCAAUCAAAAAAGUCUGGUAGGAAGCGGUCGAUUUCGAUCCGUGGAGUUCCACCUGAUGCUGUUAAAGUAUUCAUUAGAUACCUGUACUCUUGCAGAUACGAGAAAGAACAAAUGGAGGAAUUUGUAUUGCCCCUGCUGGUGCUGUCACAUGUAUAUGUGGUUCCUCAGUUGAAGAAAGAGUGUGAGAGGCAACUGGGUCGUGAGUUGCUGACACUUGAAAAUGUAGUAGAUGUGUUUCAACUUGCAUUACUGUGUGAUGCUCCCCGUCUCAGCCUUCUUUGCCACCGUAUGAUCCUAAAAAACUUCAAAGCUGUUUCUUCCACCGACUCGUGGCAAGCAAUGCAGCAAAGCCACCCAGUACUCGAAAAGGAACUUCUUGGAUCAGUGAUCGACGAAGACAAUAGGCAAAAGAAAAGAGUGAAGAGAAUGAACGAAAGGAAGGUCUAUUUGGAACUAUUUGAGGCAAUGGAGGCUCUUGUUCAUAUAUGUAGAGAUGGUUGUCGCACAAUCGGCCCACACGACAAAGACUUCAAGGCAAACCAGCCGCCAUGUAAGUAUGCAGCCUGCAAGGGGCUGGAAUUGCUUAUCCGCCACUUUGCAGGCUGCAAAUUAAGAGCCCCUGGUGGCUGUACCCAGUGCAAGAGAAUGUGGCAACUGUUGGAGUUGCACUCUCAUCUUUGUGCAGAUUCUGAUCUCUGUAGAGUCCCUUUGUGCAGGAAUUUCAAGGACAGGACUAGGAAACAGGGCAGGAAAAAUGAAAUAAAAUGGAAACUGUUAGUAAAAAAGAUUCUGAGGACAAAGGGAGUAGCAAGAGCACCAUUCUUUUUGACGAUAGAUACCAUAUAUGUAUGAGGGCCAAACAAAACUUAUCAAGAGAUGAAAUCAAAUUUUACUUCGUACUGUUUUAGAGACCAAAAGCCGUUCUAAAACGAGCCAGGUUGGUGCGAGAUGCUACGAACCCAACUGGAGCCCAACUUUGGAAAUGGGUUCCAUGUUAGUUGAAGCCACAAACAGGAAAGACAGAUGAAUGGGCCGUGUAAGUUGGUUUUGGAAGAAGAAGAAGAAGAAGAAAACAAAAUUUUUACAAAAGGAAUAAUAAUAAAAAAAAAAAGAACAAUGAGGGAAUUGGCAAUAAUUAUUAAACAGCAAAGCGAAAGGGGAAGAGGGCAUGAUGGAAAGUUGAAAAAGAAGGGAGUGAGAAGGAAGAGAACAGCGAAAGAGACGCAUGUUUUGUAAUUUUGUGUUUUGUUGUUUAUAAAUUAUAAUUAAAUGCCCAUCCAAUCCAAUUCUAUCCA